AUGUCGGAUGCGGCGUUGUCUGCCGGCGUCAACAAAACCGAUCAGACGAUCGUAUGCUACGCCCCCACGAUGAUAACCACAAACGGCAUAUGGCAAGGGGACAACCCUUUGGACUACUCGUUGCCACUCUUCAUUCUGCAGCUAACCCUUGUCGUCGUGACCACUCGUCUACUCGUUUUCGCGCUCAAGCCCCUCAGACAGCCUCGCGUCAUUUCCGAGAUCCUCGGCGGCAUAAUCCUAGGCCCGUCCGUGCUCGGGCAGAGCAGCAAGUUUGCCGACACCGUUUUCCCUCUCCGGAGUGUGAUGGUCCUCGAGACCAUGGCGAACGUGGGUCUCCUUUACUUCCUCUUCCUUGUUGGGGUCGAGAUGGACAUUGCUGUCAUCAAGCGGACCGGGAAACGGGCCAUCGUGAUCGCUAUUGCUGGCAUGAUCCUCCCUUUCCUCAUAGGUGUCUCGUUCGCCUUCAUGCUCCACCAGAGCACCGAGUUUGUUAGGCUCGGCACCUUCAUCCUCUUCCUUGGAGUGGCCCUCUCCGUGACAGCCUUCCCCGUGCUGGCACGCAUCCUGGCCGAGCUCAAGCUCCUCAACACCGACAUCGGGCGUGUGGCCAUGUCGGCCGCACUAAUCAACGACGUGUGUGCGUGGAUCCUUCUUGCCUUUGCCAUCGCCCUUGCUGAGAACGAGGCCAUGUCGCUUGCCUCGAUUUGGGUCAUCCUCUCAAGUACUCUCUUCGUUUUGUUCAACGUCUACGUUAUCCGCCCAAUCAUCUCGUGGAUGAUACAACGCACUCCAGAGGGGGAGCCUAUUAGUGAAUUCUGCAUAUGCCUCAUCCUCACGGGGGUCAUGAUCUCGGGGUUCGUGACCGAUGCCAUUGGGACGCACUCCGUGUUCGGGGCAUUUGUCUUCGGACUCGUCAUACCCAACGGGCCGCUAGGGGUGACCCUCAUCGAGAGGCUCGAGGACUUUGUGUCGGGUCUGCUGCUGCCCCUCUUCUUUGCCAUUAGUGGUCUCAAGACCAACAUCGGGUCGAUAAAAGGGGUUGCAACGUGGGUGGUUCUCGGCAUUGUCAUAGUCCUCGCCUGUGCAGGGAAGGUCGCCGGGACGCUCCUUGUGUCCCUCUAUUACAAGAUCCCCUUUUACGAGGGACUCACUCUCGGUUUGCUCAUGAACACCAAAGGCCUUGUCGAGAUGAUCGUUCUCAAUGUUGGCAAGGACCAGAAGGUUCUGGACGACAAGUCAUUUUCAAUCAUGGUGAUCGUGGCCAUGGUAAUGACCUCGAUCAUCUCACCCAUCGUGACCAACAUCUACAAGCCAGCCCGCAAGUUUGCCUCAUACAAACGGCGCACGAUCCAACAGGCUAAACCCGACGGGGAGGUGUGCAUGCUGGUGUGCGUCCACACCCCUCGCAACGUCCCGACCAUCAUCGGCCUUCUCGAAGCGUCCAACCCGAACAAACGCUCCCCGAUCUGCGCCUACGUACUCCACCUCGUGGAGCUCACGGGCCGCGCCUCAGCCAUGCUCAUCGUCCACAAUACCCGAAAGUCAGGCCGGCCCGCCCUUAACCGCACCCAGGCCCAGUCGGACCACAUCAUCAAUGCAUUCGAGAACUUUGAGCAACAAGCAGGGUUUGUGUCUGUCCAUCCCCUCACGGCCGUCUCCCCCUACUCGACCAUGCACGAGGACAUCCGCGACGUGGCUGAGGACAAGCGCGUGGCCCUUAUUAUCAUCCCCUUCCACAAGCAGCAGACGGUCGACGGCGGAAUGGAGGCGACCAACCCGGCCUUCCGCUCUGUCAACCAGAACGUCCUCGCCCACGCCCCCUGCUCAGUCGCCAUCCUCGUCGACAGAGGACUCUCUGGUGCCCGCCUCAGCCCGGGCCACGCCUCGCACCACAUUGCCGUCCUCUUCUUCGGUGGGCCCGACGAUCGCGAGGCCCUAGCAAUCGCAUGGCGCAUGUCGGAGCACCCAGGCAUCAGCCUCAGUGUCAUGCGCUUUGUCCCCGGUGACAACACCAUGGAGACAGCUUCCGAGGCGCCGGCGGUGCGGAACACGAGCGGGAGGGAGCGGAUGACGGUGGUGACAGAUGGGGACAGAGAGCGACAACUGGACGAGGACUAUAUCAGCGAGUUCAGGGCACGGACGGCGGGGGAUGGAUCGGUGGUGUACAUGGAAAGGGUGGUGAACCAUGGGGAGGAGACGGUGGCUGCCAUAAGGUCGAUGGACACAAGCCAUGACCUGUUUGUGGUGGGGAGGGGGCAGGGAAUGGUGACGCCGGUCACAGCAGGGCUGACGGACUGGAGCGAGUGCCCAGAGCUUGGGGCUAUUGGGGAUCUGCUGGCGUCGUCAGACUUUGCGGCCACGUACUCGGUGCUUGUUGUGCAGCAGUAUGUGGGGAUGGAGGUGCUAGGGGAUGCAAUGAUUGGGAGCCCGGACGGUCCAGGGCGGCAGCCCGAGGAGAUCGAGUUCGGGCACAGGCGGCCGGCCGUUUUUCAACCCCAGCCCUGA